GCAUCAGGGUGCUGGACGGGCCCCUCACUGACAGCAUGGAGGCCAUCGCCUUCAACAAGCACUAUCAGAUCAACGACAUCUACAGCUGCAGCUGGGGUCCAGAUGACGAUGGGAAAACCGUGGAUGGGCCCCAUCAGCUGGGGAAGGCUGCCCUGCAGCACGGCGGCAUAGCGGGUCGCAGGGGCUUCGGCAGCAUCUUCGUCGUGGCCAGUGGCAACGGUGGGCAACACAGUGACAACUGCAACUACGAUGGCUAUGCCAACUCCAUCUACACUGUCACGAUAGGUGCAGUGGACGAGACGGGCUCGAUGCCCUUCUACGCCGAGGAAUGUGCCUCCAUGUUAGCAGUGACCUUCAGCGGCGGGGGCGACAAGAUGAUGAGGAGCAUUGUGAGUACCACACACGUCUUCCCCUGUGCUCUGCUGGCCACACCUGACAGCCCGGAGCAGAGAAGGGAUGAAGCUCUGUCCCUUCUGAUGGCCACGCGUCUGCCCGAGGCCG